AUGAGUUAGAAUCUUGUGUCUAUACAACCCCUCUAGCACAAAUCAGUGGGAGGAGGCAUGUAACCUAUAAAACAUCGAUCAACAGGCCUUACUUAGUAAAUCCAAAUAUGUCCACUUACUCCAUACAAUUAAGCAUCAAUACAACUCGAGUGUUCCCCGAAGCAUAUCACAUAUUCACCAGGAGUUGAUAUAAACAAAUCCUAAUUAGUUUAUUUGUCCAUUCCAGAGUAUGGGUUUUCAUCUAAGUUGAUUAGUGCUCAGAAAACAAAACGAUUUGUACCUAAUACUCCAGCAAAAAAGAAUAAAAGUCACGCUUCUCAGGAAAUAUACUCCCCUUUUGCGAAUAUUUUGCAUUUCUCAGAAGAAUCCUGUGGUGAUAGCACUAAAGAUUCAAACUAGUCUAGGAAAAUGAAGGUGACUGUGGUUUAAAUGCAAAAAUGCGAUAGGUUCCUCAGUGAUUUCCAGAUAAUCUGUAAAAUUGGAGAGGGAAGUUUUGGAGAGGCUUUCAAAGUAAGAAGCAAAGUUGACGGAUAAAUGUACGCAGUCAAAAAGGCCAAAGAGAGAUAUUAAGGAUAUAGGGACAGAGAAUCAAAGCUAUCAGAAGUACACAAAGCUUUGAAAAUUACUAGUCAGAUUAGUGAAGUACCGAUCAAAAAGAGAAGCAAUUCUAAGAGUUAUAGUGAUUAUUGUGUCAAAGUUUAUGAGGCUUGGGAAGAGAGUGGAUAUUUAUACAUUAGAAGUGAAUUAUGCGAGAAGGGGAAUUUAAACGAUUACCUUGUUGAGCUUGAGAAGUUACAAGAAAAUGAACUGCUAAACGAAGAUGACAUUUGGAAGUUCCUUUAUCAAAUGGCUUGCGCAAUCAAGCAUGUUCAUGAUAUGGGAUUCGUACAUUUAGAUAUUAAACCUUCAAAUUAUUUCGUAAUGGCUGAUGGAUCCAUUAAGCUUGGAGAUUUUGGUUAAGCUAUUGAGCUCAUUAACCUUGCCAAGCUAAGAGAUGAUGAUGUUGAAGGUGACUCAGUUUAUAUGGCGCCAGAGUUAUUAAAAAAUAAUAUAACAAUUCAGGAGAAGAUAACAUCAAAGGCAGAUUUAUUUAGUUUAGGUGCUUCGCUUUUAGAACUGGCCUCUGGCAUGAACUUGCCUCAAAAUGGGAUGAUGUGGCAAAAAUUAAGAUAAGGGGAUAUUAUCUAGUUCUCACCAAGUGCAAGCAGAUCUGACCAAUUAGAAUAAUUAAUCAAUAUGAUGAUGGAGCCAAAUCCAGAAAAUAGACCAACCAUAGAUGAAAUACUCCUCCACCCUAAGCUUUAGCUUAUUGCAGGAGUGCUCAAUCCAUCAGUCAAAAGAACUCUAAAAUUAAACCAUAUUGAAUCACCAAUUGUAGAAAAACUGAGGAAUCCUAUUUCAACUAAAAAUAAAUCCAACAAGGCUGAAAUGAUUCUUAUCUCCCCAAGAAUUCUAAAGAGUGCUUCAAAGUAAAUCUAGUACUCCAAAAGGACAAAAAACCAAUUCUCAAGUGACAAUAGUUCUGAUUCCUACGAAAAAGUAAAGGUAAAUAUUAAGAGUGAUGAGUAUUUUCAUGAUGAGUUCUUAUACUCUAGCCUUGAUCAGAAUUAAGAGGGAAAUAAUCUAAGGACCUUUGGCAGAUCUGGUUCUUUUAUGGAAGACCAUGAAUAGUACAAUAACUUAAAUUAGUACACCUAGAUGCAAAACAAAAAUAGCAUAGCCAAUACAAGCAAGCAAAAUCCUCACAGUAAUUAGGACGAGCAGUUCUAUAAGAGUGCAAAGAAACUAAAAUUCGACAUGCCUGAGCCAAUGAAAGGUGAUAUAUCUGCUGAGAAUUUCAAUGAUGUAGGGCCUUUUACUAUUAGAGGUUUGAACUUCAACAGCUUCCUGAAUACAAACAUGGGCAACAUUUUUGAGACUGUAGAUGAGAUGAUGACCGAGGAAGAUAAUGAGACUAAGAGUAUUUCUAUAUAAAGUAGCAGCAACCACUCACAACAUACUCAUUCAAAUAUUUUCUAGAGCAUCCCAAUUAGUUCAUUGAAGCUGAAUGAACUAAACAGCAACAAGCAGUUCUCUUUCAAUGAGAACUACAAUUCAGCUAAUAUUAACCCAGAAUAUCAGAGUUCUAAUUUCCUUUCUGCAACCCCUUUAAUGGGAAAGGCAAGUUUAGGAAAUCUCUCCAGAGUGAGCAGUAACUCCACUGGAGGUUUCUAGCUGAAGAACUCCAAUGAGAAAUCUCAAAACAAGGUCAGUAAAGUAAAUGCCAUUAGCUAUACAAAUAGUCAUUAACCCUCCCUGGUAAAUCGCAAUUCCUCCAAUUUUGACACCAGUGUCAAGUGUUUCAGUCUAGGCGGAUCAGCCAAAAAGAAACUUUUUUCGAAUAAGUACCCUUCAGUGUCCUCCCAUGAGUUCACUGAUGGAGGUUAGUAAGCAUCACCAAGUGUGAUGAGUUGGUAAUAAAUGAAUGUUGACGAAGUUCAAGAGCAGCAAAGCAAUUUUUCAAGAGUCGGUCAUGACAUCAAAAGAAACCUAUUUGAUGCCUGA